UACGGAGAGGUUCAGUACCCAGACGUGUAGCGCUGGGGUGCAGUUCUUAACAGAUUAGAGCGGAAGAAAGCCUGCCAAGAUGGGUCAAGACUACCCACUCAACAGUCAUUCAUUGACACCGAUAUAGGGAGAGGAGAAAACGCUUGAAAACAUGCACCUCCCAUUCGAGUGUUCGACCACCUUGGGAAUAAACGCGGUUCAAGUGAAAGGAACAUAAAAGUACCGACCGAAGUAAGGAGAGCUCGAACUGGUCUUGGCAGUCGGUUAAAUGUGCAGUCUCUCCGGAGAUGAUGGAGCAACCAGCAUCUCUGACUGAGCCAAGCUGUUGAUGUGAGCUGCUGGGGGUUUUGUUCCGGAGGGGACAGGACAAGGGCAACACAGGAGCUGCCCCCCCAACACCCACAGAACACAGUCCACACUGGGAUCGGCGCCCCCCCUCCAAAAUCCUUGGACCUUACUAAGGAGCCCAGCCUCUUGCCUGGGUCUCACCUGCCCGCGUCCUCUCCAAAAAGAAAUUUGAAACCCCAGCACCCCCUCCCCCGAGAGAGAGAGAGACAGAGAGCUCGCACACUGGGACUGGCUGGAAAGCAAACGGAGGAAGGUGCAGAGCCUUGGGAGAGAAGAGUCAUGGGGUGGACGCAGAACUGAGCAAAUCCCCCACCCCCGGGGAGUUUGGUGGGGAGAAUGGGCACAAGAGCAGAACCUGGCUCAGUCCUGCCUCGAUGAUGCUGAGACUUGUCUGGUUGGCGCUGGCUUUGUACUUCCAGGGAAUUUUCUAAACUUAAAAUGGGAAGCUUGGAAACUGCUGAUGCUUCAGUGUGUGCAGACGGGGAGUGAAGACUGAGGGACGGAGAGAGGGGGAUUGAAAAGGAGCCCUUGGAAAGUGUUGCUGACUCUCAGACCGCCUGUGAAGAUGCGCUGCUAUGUUCUCGCCCUCGCAUUCUGUGCCCUGUCCCCUGCAAAGCCAAGUGGAGUGCCGCUAGAGUGCCCCGGGGUUGGGGAGAGGGGCUCAGCAGGGCUGGCAGCACCAGGCUCUGGGGGGAGUGAUGGGAGAGUCCCGGUGCUGCCCCAGGGAGCUGCUUCUGGGCAACAGGGCGGCCUUUUGCGGGUGCGGACAAUAAGGUCCAAAAGGGGAGCCACUGGCCUGGCUGCGGCUGGCCAACCCAGAGGGAGCAGUGAGAAGGCAGACAGGGCUGGACAUGCUCCCAACUCCACUGGCAAAGUGCAGGACGGCCAGCAGCAGGAAUUAGUCGUGCCCCUCUUUCUCAACAGCUCGGCAGAUCGUUCCAGCACAGGCCCUGGAGCUUUGGGGUUCCUCAACAGUUCGAGUGGCUCUGGUGCGGACGGUGCUCCAGCUCUGCUACCUGUCCAAGCCCCAGGCAGGAGGCGCCAGCUGAAGAACCCUUUCUACCCCAUGACCGAGGACUCCUAUGGGGCCUAUGCUGUUAUGUGCCUCUCUGUUGUCAUUUUUGUGAUUGGCAUCAUGGCCAAUCUGUCCAUCAUGUGCAUUGUCUGCCACAACUAUUACAUGAGGAGUAUCUCCAACUCGCUCCUGGCCAACCUGGCUUUCUGGGACUUCAUCAUCAUCUUUUUCUGCCUGCCUCUGGUCAUAUUUCAUGAGCUGACUAAAAAGUGGCUGCUUGGAGAUAUUUCCUGCAAGGUGAUCCCUUACCUUGAGGUUGCUUCCCUCGGUGUCACCACUUUCACCUUGUGUGCACUGUGCAUUGACAGAUUCAGGGCCGCCACCAAUGUGCAGAUGUACUACGAGAUGAUUGAGAACUGCUCAUCAACAACGGCCAAGUUGGCCGUCAUCUGGGUGGGUGCCAUGUUACUGGCGCUCCCUGAGAUUGCUCUUCGGCAGUUGGUAACUGAGGAGGUGGCAGCCUCUGAUGUGACUGCAGACCACUGUGUUGUGAAGAUAUCUCCGAAGUUACCAGACACACUGUACGUGCUGGCACUGACUUACGACAGCGCCAAGAUGUGGUGGUAUUUUGGUUGCUAUUUCUGUUUGCCCACCCUCUUCACAAUUGGCAGCUCCAUCGUGACGGCUAGAAAAAUCAGAAAAGCGGAGAAGUCCUGUGCCAGAGGGAAUAAACGUCAGAUUCAGUUGGAAGGCCAGAUGAACUGCACAGUGGUGGCCUUGACCAUUCUCUAUGGAUUCUGUAUCAUCCCUGAAAACAUUUGCAAUAUUGUAACUGCCUACAUGGUUACUGGGGUCUCCCAGCAAACAGUGGAUCUGCUGCAGCUCAUCAGUCAGUUCCUUUUGUUUUUCAAGUCUUGCGUGACCCCAGUGGUCCUCUUCUGCCUGUGCAAGCCAUUCAGCCGUGCGUUUUUGGAUUGCUGUUGCUGCUGUUGUGAGGAAUGCGGGCCAAAGUCAUCCACGGUCGCUAGCGAUGACAAUGACAAUGAAUUUACCACUGAACUUGAGCUCUCUCCAUUCAGCACAAUACGGCGAGAGAUGUCCACCUAUACCUCAGUGGCAACGCACUGCUAAAACCUUUGGCACAUCUCACUGACAUGACGUAGUGCCCCCAUCAUUGUAGACGUGUCAAUUUCCACCAUGGAUCAGCCAUCCUUUGCAAAGGAACUGGAUUGAAUGUCACUGCCAAUGGAGCCCAAACCUAUCACAACACCUUAGAAACUUCACAUUACUGUUCUUUCAUUUUGCAAGCAAGUCCAUUAAUGAGAAGAGUGUUCAUUCGCACUGUCGUACAGUUAAGGCUGUCAAACACAUAUAAGGAUGAAGAGAAAUCUGUUGCAGAAGUACAAUUUAGGAUGGUCUUCAUGCAUUUAGUGUGGAUUAAUAAAAGGAACUUUGUGUAAUGUAUAAAUCAAACUCCACCAGAAUCUGGAGUUAAGAUCAUGUGGUCCCUAGUCCUUGGGUAUGAAGAAAGCUUAAAAGUGAAGUCUGUGACAUAUGUGAUGUGCUUAGGGAAUAGUAAGGACUAGCUAACGUACUGUAUUUUGCUGUAUAGUGACUGCAGCUAGCUGUUUUACAUUGAAUAUCUGAAGUUUGUAAGAUUUAUUGUUGGAAGCUGUAUACACAGACAGCAUAAAUGCUGGUAGACCAGAUGUUGACGAUAUCCUGUUAUAAUUUUGUGAUGUCGGCUUUGUAAUAAUGGAGAGAGCUGAGUUGUAAAUCAGAAUUAUCAUUGUUUUUUUUCUUAAAUUCCUUGUUAUGGACUCCAAAACUAUUUGGAAUUGUGGGGUAUGUUAAAAAAAAACUUUAUUCCCUACAAAUAAAACCUUACAUUGAAAAAAAUGAUGUAUUGCAUUCAGUAAGCUCAGCUGUUAUCUCUGUGCACUAGCAGUAUUUCAGUCAGUUGACUGGAGCAUAGGUUCAUAAACAUUCAGUCUGCAGACUAGCAUAGCUUCGAGGGCAACCUAAUGGAAUUUCUAUAGACUGGCCAUAUGGGAACAAAGUUUCUCAAAAAUUCUCUGUUUGUUUAAGAGGUGAGUUAACUGAAAUAUUCAAAACUAAUGAGGAGGUUUGAUAGAGCAGAUGUGGCGAAACUGUUUGUACGAGCAACAGGCUCAGAGAUGUAAGAUAAUUGUCAAAAUGGAAUAGAAAAUUUGAGUUAUAAGGAAAGGCUGGAUAAGCUGGGACUAUUUUCACUGGAGCGUAGGAAGUUGA